AUGGACUUGUUGCAGCCGUGCAAGGACGCCAAGCGCUGGCACUCCGUCACGGUGACUGUCCCGGAGAACGCGCCGCCGGGCACACUGCUUGCCGUGCCCAUACGAGGCGGCAGCGACACCCUCAAGGUGCGUGUGCCAGAGGGCCUCGGCGCCGGUAGCACCCUACUGCUGACGCGCCCAGAGAAUGGCGAGGAGUGGGCGCUCUCCGUGGGCAAGGUGGUGCCUAUCAGCAACGAGGUGAGUCACGCGGAUGAGGGGGCAAACCAGGGGGUGAACGGCCAGGAGGAGGACAAGCAGCGGGAACUUGAGCAGGAGUGGCUCCAGCAACAGGAGGCACAGGCCAGGGAGGAACUUGGGCAGAAGGAGCCGGAGCAGGUGCACAGCCAGGCGCCGGGGCAGGCACUCCAGGUUCCGCCGCAGAACCCGCAGGCCGCGCUCUCUGUGGCGUUUACCGUGCGCUUUGAGACCACGGUUGGAACCAUCGACGUUGUUGUCCGACCAGACUGGGCGCCGCAUGGCACCUUGCGGUUCCUGGAGCUGGCCAACGCAGGUGACUUUGACGAGCGGGCCUUCUACCGUGCAGUGCCGGGCUGCAUCGUGCAGUUUGGCCUGCCUCCCAAGCGCGAGUUGCCUGCCAUCCCGGAUGAUCCGCCCACAGGGGUGCCGUUUCUUCUGGGUGCCGUCGCCUUUGCGGCAGUUGGGGAGAACACGCGGCGCUCGACCAUCUUCAUUUGCACAGGCGAUAUGUCCCACUGCCUUGGGAGACAGUCGUGGGAGACGCCCAUCGGAGCUGUGGCCGAGUCCUCUCUGGAAGUCUUGGAGCGCAUCGAGACGGUCUACGGCGACAUCGCCGAGUUCGGCGGGGAGGGCCCUGAGACACGGCGCAUUAAUGCGGAGGGCAACUCCUACCUGCAGAGACACUUCCCGCGGCUGAGCUACAUUCGCCGUGCUCGGCCCCUGGACUGGGUGCCUGUCCCGGCAGCGCCAGGGGCCGCGACAGCGUCACAACCACCAGCACCAGUGCCGACAGGCGAGUCGCAGCCAUCGCAGACUCCUCGGCAACAAGCUUCUGGCAUGGCGAGGAGCUCGGUGCUGAAGGCCUGCCGCGAGGCCCAGCAGCGCGCCGCGGAGGCGGCCCAGGAGGCGCUGCAGGCCGCCCAGGCGGAGGACCCGGAGGUGGCCUUCCAGGCGGCCGCCUUUGCGCGCCGCGCCGCGGAGGCGGCGGCCGCGGCCGCGGAGGCGGCGGAGGCCCAGGGCAACGCGCUGCGUGCAGCAAAGCCGCCCGAGGGUCGGCGGAGCCUUGCUGCGCCACCAGGGCCGGCUGGCAGGUCCUGUUCGGCCAGCGCUGUGGGCAGAGGGCGCAUGUCCCUGCCCUUGGCGCAAUCGCGUCAGCGAUUGAACGGCCCUACUGGCAGCUAUGUGCCGAUGCCCACCGCUCGCAGCCCACCGCGCGGCGGGGGUAUGUGGGUUGGCUCGCCGCAGGCGGCGCCAGCACGGGCGUACGCGCCCGUCCCACUUCUAGGGCAGCCCAUGCAGAUGCAGCAGACGCAGCAGACGCAGCAGCCGCAGCAGCCGCAGCAGACGCAGCAGACGCAGCAGAUGCAGCAGACGCAGCAGAUGCAGCAGAUGCAGAUGCAUCAAACUGCGCAGCCUCAGCCGAUGCAUCACCCAAUGCAUCUUGCAAUGCAUCCGAUGCAUUUGCCCCACUUGCCGCAGCUACCACAGCCGCCGCAGUUUGCUGCCCCUCAGCAUGCGCAGAUGGGGUAUCACUUCCCGCCGCAUCCGCAGAGGUAG